AUUGCAAUCUUUUGCGCGUCAGCUACGACACGAUACGCAAUCUAGGCGGCCAAGUGAUGGCCGCGGAGCCGGUUUGUCAACAUGCCAAUGGCCAAUUCUCCACGGUGCAAUGCGAACUGUCGGGCAGUUGCCGCUGUGUCGAGCCGUCGACCGGGGCCGAAGUGCUCGGCUCGAAAAAAGUCCCACUAAUCGGGCAAGACGUUUGCUCAGCACCGCUGGCUCUGUGCGCGGUGCGAUGCGUCGUUGGGUGUCCGUUUGGGGUGGAAACCGACGGUGUGGGGUGUCCGCUUGCUGGCGAGCCGAACCCUUGCUCUCGCGGACAUCCGCCCGCCUCCGACUCGAGGACGUUUGCGCCGUUUGAGUGCAAGAAAGACCGCUCGAUGUUGUGCCCGGCCGACUACUAUUGCGCUGGCGAGGACGGGAAUGGACGCGGCGUGUGCUGCCCAGGGGGUGAAUCGCCCGCGAGUUCGCAAUGCCCGCACGGUCAGCCUUAUUCAGUUGGAGCUGAAGGCUCGGUGGCCGAAUGCACGGCACUGGCAAACGGAUGUCCCGCCACACACUAUUGCCUCACCAAACCCGGAAGCACGGCUGGGGUUUGCUGCGUCACAAAAAGACAUGUCUGCCACGUCAAAGCUGACCCCGGCGGUUGUUCCCUUUCCAACCAACGCUACUACUACUCGGCCGACGAGCGGACAUGCCUGCCAAUGGAAUAUGGAGGCUGUGGAGGCAACCUGAACAAUUUCCCCACCCGCGAUCUUUGCGAACGAUUCUGUGAAGGCAUCGGCUUCAACAUGGACACCCCCUUACUGUCCGACGAUGGCCGCGUCAGCGAGCAGUACGAAAUGGGCUUCAUGCUCAAGGGCCCCAAGGUCGAGAGUCAAGCCCGGGGGCAGCUGAAGGCCGACCUGCUCGCGGCGCUGUUGUCCCGAUUCGGGCUGACGGAGCGUGAGGUUCGGGAUCUGUCGCUGCGAGGUGCGGAUGCCGUCCGGUUCGUCGUCCAGAGCCCGGAUGCUCGCGUCAAGGCGCAACGCAUUCAUGAAGCGGUGAUGGACGGAUCGUUGUUAGUUCGGCACAAAAACGGGAUAUACGUGGCGGAACCGCAGACCUGUCGUGGGUCAUCCAGUCGAAAGAUCAAAACGGUGACUCGGCACGCUCUUCACCAACAGAUUGCCGAUCUCAUUCAUUCUCGCAUCGGGUGCCGG